GCAGUUUUCAGAACUUCUUGUAGAUAAGCUAUACAGUCAAUACUCGUCCUUCCACGGCAUCGCCAAGUUGGCAAAAAAGCCAUGGACAGAUAGAGAGAGGGAGAGACAACCAGUGCGUGCAGGGGUGAGUGGGGGUGCAAGGGGGGGUCCAUACGAUGCACACACACACAGAGAACGCACACACACACACACACACAGGCUCAGGCUCGGCCCUUCGGGCCUCGCCUUCGCAUCAGCGGCACACACACACACUUAGACAGACACAGGCGAGGCAGGUUUCGCUCGGCUUGGCUCCGCCCGGCCCUUCGGGCCUCGCCUUCGCCUGAGUGACACACACACACAGAGAGGGAGGGAGGGAGGGAGGGAGGGAGAGACAAUCGAAUGAGUGCAGGGGGCAGAUGGGAUGGAUGUGUGUGUGUGUGGGUGGGUGGGGGUCGUGUGUGUGUGUGUGUGAUGCACACACACACAGAGAACACACACAGACUCAAGACAGACAGACACGCUCGCCUCGGCCAUUCGGGCCUCGCCUUCGCACGACAGACACACCCACAGAGAGAGAGAAUCGAUCGGUGCAGGGCUGAAUAAAUGAAUGUGUGUGGGGGGUGCAUACAUAGCUUGCGAUGCACCCACCCACCCACACACACACACACACACACAAAAAAUACACAAGAAGGACAGGCACCUACCUAAUCACACGCACCCACACAUACACACGCUCACACGCACACACCCUCCGAUCGAUCCCACACGUGUCGUGUGGUGUGGUGUGGUGUGCGCCACGGCCACACACACGCCUUGCUGCACACACACACACACACACACAGAGAGAGAGAGAGAGAGAGAGGGAGAGAGAGAGAGAGGGCCGGCUGCCGAUGUGUCUUGGUUGAGAGGGGAACGCACUGAUGCGCUCACCGGUAAUGGUGGGUUGGUAUUUCUGGCAGAAGUCAGCUACCAUGGCGGACACGCGCAGGUUCUGAAUCGGCUGGAUGUCACACGCGACGACCUCAGCAAUCUCUCUCAGGAAGAGCCGGCCCAGCGAUGGCGUGUCGAACUCAUCGGCCAGCAUGACGGCUCGCCGGGCGAUCAGCCGAUAGAGCGGAUGGCUGCGGUACUGGUGCAGGGCGAAAGCAGCCGCCAGGCCGGCGAUGGUGGCUGCUUCCACUUGUGUCUUGGUCUCAGGAUGGCUCAGACGGGCGGCCACUUUGCGCGACACACGCCUGCAUACACCACCGACAGAGGCACGAACACAUUUGCAGUGGCUGGUGGCUGUCUGCCUGUUUGUGUACCUGCACACUGUCCUGUCGAUGUGGUCGACUCUGUCCAGUGCAAAGAGCAGCUGCACGAUGUCAUUGAGACUCAGCUGGUACAUGACAUUCGGCAAAUGCGAACACAGCGAGCGAAAGG